AUGAUCUUAGUAAGGCAUUCUGAGAGAGCAGAUGAUCCAAGCAUGCCAUAUGAGAUCAAGAUGAAGCAAGAUGAUAUAAUAAUUGAGUAUGAUCCCUAACUAUCUCGACCGACUGGAAAGACUCAAGCUGUGCUAACUGCCCAAUAUAUCAAGCAAAAAUUAACCUAAAUUGAGUAUGGCAUUGACUUAGAAAAUGCUGAAAUAUUUUUGUUCAGCUCUCCAUUUUUGACAUGCUUGGAAAGUUCAACUGCAAUUGCGAAAGAGAUCAAGAUCAAAAGUAUAAGUGUCUAAGACUAACUUUCUGAUAUAUUGAUGAAGAAUUGGUAUCCAGAGGAUCCAUUUCUAGGCUUAACUACAAAACUCACAAAUAAUAAGGAAAAAUUUACCUAGUUUUUGAAAAAUUAGUAUGAUGUUCCAGAACUUACUAUUGAGUAUAAGCGAAGUACCAACCUAGUAACUUAUCCAGAGACAGUGGACUCAACAAGCAAAAGAUAUUGA